UGAGUGGGUGGAGCAGGUCAGAUAUAAGCAGAAUGAGCAGCUCGUAUUUGACAUUUGAACAGAAGAGACUUCAAAUAGUGAAAGAAAACCAUCCAAAAGCAAUAAUGGCGGCGUUAGCGUUCCUUCUCCUCGUCGGCCUGCAGAGCUGCGCUCUAACAGCUUCGUUUGACAUCAACGGUUUGCAGAGUUCUCCCGAUGCCCUAAAAACGGGGGACGUGUGUCAGGACUGCACCAAAAUAUUUGAGCUCCUUGAAGACAUGCUGUCCAGCUCUGACCUCCAGAAAAAGAUCAUGGCAGGCAUUGACCAUGUCUGUUCGCUGCUGCCCGGCCCGGCCGCCUCACUCUGCAAAGAAGAGGUGGACAAGAUGCUCCCACUGGCCAUCACCUUUUUCACCGGUGUAGCGAAACCUGGAGAAAUCUGCAAGUUGCUCGGGCUCUGCAACUCCUGUCCAAAAAGUGAGAAGAUGCUGACCUACGACCUCCAGGCGAUCCCGCAGAGUGACAACUCCGGACCCCAGUGCUCCUUCUGCCUUUUUUUUGUGAAGACUUUGGAGGAAAUGGUGCCUCAGCAGAGAACUGAGGAAGCCGUCACUAAGCUGCUGGAAAAGAUUUGUCACGUUUUGCCCCCUUCUUACCGCAGCCAGUGUCAGGCCAUUGUCGACAAGUUCAGCAAGACCGUGAUGGACGCCUUCAUCCACUACGCCACCCCCGAGACCAUCUGUGCUCUCCUGCACAUGUGCAAGCAUGAGGAGGCCCCUGUUUUUGAUCCAUGCACUUUGACUUUAUACAGCUGCAGAGACACCAAGACCGCCCUUAAAUGUGGAACUUUAUUCUACUGUCAGAAAUUUGCCUGGAAGUCUUUGAACUACAACACGCUCUGAACUGAUCAGGGUAGGCUCCAAGCUGCAUCGGAAUCAUCUUCUAGCUGCGAACACAUAUGCCGGAUUUCUCUCAAAUCAUAAUUUUAUACCGUUUGAUUUUGCUUUACAAAAUGUGUGUGAAUUAAACAAUAAAAACCUAUCGGAAUUUUUUUUAUCUAAAAUAUAAUAAUAAUAUAUAUAUAUACUUUUAAAGGUUUAAAUGAUAUAUAUAGUGAUUGUCUUCAUGUUUCCUGGCUUUGGGUUUUUUAUAAUUUAGUCAUGUAAUUUCUUAUAUGGUUGAAAAGCAUGAACUAUAAUACGGUUGUAAUAAGAAAUAAAUGAUCUUC